GAGAAAUAACAGGGGCAAAACUAAGGCAAAGAAAGCGUAAUCUCUCAGUCUGUUGCCUUUGAAAGUCUGUAGAGAGUUCGAGAAAUGGCAGCUGAAGAUGGACAAGUGAUCGGGUGCCACACUGUUGAGGCGUGGGACGAGCAGUUGCAGAGAGGAAAUGAAUCUAAGAAGCUGGUGGUGAUUGAUUUCGCUGCUUCAUGGUGUGGUCCGUGCCGUGUCAUUGCUCCUUUCCUGGCUGAGCUGGCUAGGAAACUUCCCGAUGUUAUCUUCCUUAAGGUUGAUGUUGAUGAAUUGAAGACUGUCGCUCAGGAUUGGGCUGUGGAGGCAAUGCCAACUUUCAUGUUCCUGAAAGAGGGGAAGAUUGUGGACAAAGUUGUGGGAGCAAGGAAGGAUGAACUGCAGCAGGCUAUAGCAAAGCACACAGCUCCUGCUGCUGCUACUGCUUCUGCUUGAAGCUGAUGAAUUUGGUUAUCGUUUUUUGAUAUAUGCUAUUAGAAAUAUGGAUUCUGAAGCUUGGUUUUUAUCUUUUGCUUGAAUGGUGAACUAUCAAUGGUUUUUGCUAUGGCAUGAAUCCAUGUGUUCAACCGAUGCUUGUUUUAUGAAAUAUAAUCUUUUACAGUUAUCCCAGUUGCAUUUAAGUGCAGCUGCUCAA